AUGGGCAUGCAAAAGCUGCUCCUGAGCGAAUUCAACCAAAUGCUGGAUGCGGAAGUGGAACUUCUUCCUGAAAAUUUGAACCAAAUGUUUGCCAGUCUCCAUAAGGAGUUGCCCACACUAGAACGGGACGAAUUCCGCUCUCAACUGGCCAUGAAGUGUGGAGACGAAAAUUUCGUCAAGGACUAUCUACGCGCUGCCAUUGAGGACAUCGGAGAGGCGUCUUCAAUUGGGCAACCGAGCUGUUCCGAGAUGGUGAACACCAUCGUGGAAAUCGUUCUCGAUGAUGAAAGAGAGGCAAUAAAGGAUAUCGUGGAUGUGAUCAAG